CGGAUUUGGUAAUGGUGCAUCCGAUCCGAUUAAUAUUCGUUUACACCCCUAAUCAAACUGCACUGAAGCAAAGAAAGCCUGGGAGAUUCUUGAAACCACCCAUGAAGGAGAUGAACGCGUAAAGACUACUAAAAUACAUAUUCUGAUGACCAAAUAUGAGAAUCUACGCAUGGAAGACAAAGAAAAGAUAGCCGAGUUUCAUGGUAGAGUAAGAGAACUUGCAAAUGAGGCUGAAAAUCUUAAAAGGCCCUUUACAGAAGACAACUUAGUUCUAAAAGUUCUGAGAGCUUUUCCGGAGACUUACGCAAUGGAUGCUAAAGCAAUUUGUCAAGCACGUGACAUUAAAAAUUUGACACUGGAUCAAUUGAUGGGAAAUCUGGAGACUAUUGAGCUCCAAAUGAAUGAAGAACUCAAGCACAAAAAGAAUGUCAAACAAAUUUCUUUUCAUAGUCAUGCUGACAAAAAGGAUGAAGAUGAUGAAACUCCACUAGAUGGAGGCUAUCAAGAGCAACUAUCUCUUAUCACUAAGCAGUUUAAGAAGCAAUGGAUGCAGAAGAAAGGGAGAAUAAAUUUUCAGGCCGAAUCAUCAAAAGGAGUCCAAUUUAAGAAUCCAAGGCCAAGGGAGGCUAGUCUCCUCUUGACAAAUCCAUUAAAAGAGGACCUCAAUGCUUUGAAUGUGGAGGAUUUGGACAUAUUCAAUCAGAAUGUGCAAACAACCUCAAGAAAAAACGACAAGCAUUCGUAUCAACCUGGAGUGAUGAUGAGGAUGACUCUGAGGAAGUCCUAGGGAACAGUAACAGUGCAUUCACCACCCAACUUGAUAAUGAGGAGAGUUGAAAAAGGUGAAAGUUUACCAUAAUACCCUUAAUGAAAAAUGGGUGGAGUGUAUUAAAUGAGGUGGGUGAGGUGUAAUAAAUAAAGUAAGUGGGGGUAGUUGUGGUAUUUUACUUGUUAAAAAAUGAAAUGAGAAGAUCUAUUGUGGACAAAGAAAAAGGGCUAUUGGGA